UGUUAAAAGGCCAUAGCCACAUCUAAUUGGCACUUCAUAAAGGUGGUUUAGUUAUUGGGAAGCAGAGAAAGAAAAGGAGGAAGCACUUUUUAAGACGGUGAAGAAGAGCAAAGGUGAAAUUAUGGGUUCUUCUCCGGCAACAUAUUGUGUUACCGGAGCAACAGGGUAUAUUGGUUCAUGGCUUGUGGAGGCUCUUCUUGAAAGAGGGUACACUGUUCAUGCUACUGUUAGAGAUCCUGAAAAGUCACUACACCUGUUGUCAUUGUGGACAAGAGGUGACCGAUUGAGAAUUUUCAAGGCGGAUUUGAAUGAAGAAAGAAGUUUCGAUGAGGCUGUGAAAGGCUGUGAUGGCGUUUUUCAUGUUGCAGCUUCAAUGGAAUUCAAUGUGGUUCAGAAAGAAAACAUCGAGGCCUGUGUUCAAGCAAAUAUAAUUGAUCCAGCAAUAAAAGGAACCAUAAACCUUCUAAAGUCCUGCUUGAAUUCCAAUUCUGUGAAAAGGGUUGUUUUCACAUCUUCAAUAAGUACCAUCACUGCUAAAGAUAGCAGUGGGAAGUGGAAACCUCUUGUUGAUGAAUCUUGCCAAAUCCAAAGUGAACUUGUGUUGAAAACACAAGCAAGUGGGUGGGUUUAUGCACUUUCAAAGCUUCUAACAGAAGAGGCAGCAUUUAAGUUUGCAAAAGAGAAUGGCAUUGAUCUUGUGUCAGUCAUAACAGCCACUGUUGCUGGCCCAUUCUUCACUGCUAGUGUACCAUCAAGUGUUAAAGUCCUACUGUCACCAAUAACAGGUGAACCUGAGUUCUUCAAGAUAUUAUCUUCUGUAAAUGCACGAAUGGGGUCAAUUGCUUUAGUUCACAUUGAAGAUAUAUGCAGUGCACACAUAUUCCUAAUGGAGCAUUCUAAAGCAGAAGGUCGAUACAUAUGCAGCAGCCAAAGUUGUCCAUUAGACAUGUUGGCUAAUCUUCUUGCCAAAGAGUAUUCCUACUCAAGCAAGAAAAGGAUUGCGGAGAAGAAUUAUGAUAAUGUUCCUUCUGAGAUUUCCUCAAAGAAGUUAAAAGAGUUGGGUUUUAGUUACAAGCAUGGGCUUGAAGACAUAAUCCAUCAGACAAUUAUUUGUUGCCUAGAUUAUGGUUAUUUACCUCCCAUUAGACAAUAGUCUUUCAACACUACUGUACAUGAUUUUAAAACUUUUGUAAUUUUUUUUUUUGUGAUCACAAAAUAAAUGAAGUCAUAUUCUAAAGAGAACAAGUUCCUUCUUGAGUAUUUGUAUGGACAAAACUUAUAAACA